AUGGCAUCUGGCGAUCGUAGAUUCUCCAAUACCGGACUUGACAAGUUGCAGAAUGACCUCCGUAUGUGUGCUUUCACCAAUCGAAGCAGGAACAAUUCUGAAAAUGAAAAUAAAAAUUUAGUUACAAAUUUUUCAACUGAAAAUCGAUUAUCAGAUACUGACCAGGUAGAUGACGACGAGUACGUUGAAAAUCCUCGAAGAUCGAACAGGGAUGCUGCGAAGGUAGCUGACGAGCGUCGACGUGAACAGUGCGGUAUAAAAGUUGCUCCGAAAACUCCGAAGAAAGCUGAAAUAAAAAAGAACACCACGUUACAAAAAAUGAAAUUAAAUAUCGAACAACAACGUAAAGAAGCUAGAGUGCCAGCAUCGCAAUUCACUGACGAAGAAUACAGACGAGCAUUGGAAAAUGGUGAUUUGUCAUUUCUCAAAUUUGGAACUGAGGAGGUAGAUGGCAACCCUAAACCUACACUUAGUGUAGCAAGUUUUUUGGGUGCUCAACAAGAGCAGCAACAGCCUACUCAGCAAGCAAAAGAAGAAAAUGAGGAAAUUGACUCGGAAGUGGAAAAUAGGCUCAAUACCACCAUAAAACACAUCAAAAAAAUUUCUGAUUCGAAAAUGAACGAUGUAUGUGAUUUCAAGCCUAUAAAUCCUGCUAAAGUUUUUCCAUGGCAAACUACACCUAAGCCAGAAGUCCUGUAUCCAACAGAAUUCUCAGUGGAGGAAGAGACUGCAUUCAGGAAUUGGGUGUAUACUCGAAUGGAUAACCAUGAUGCAAAUGGUAAAACAGCUAGCGAUAGAUCAUUGAGUAUCGAAAUGGCCCUUACUCGAACAAGAAACGAUUUGGGUAAAAUUUAUUUGGAAUUAAGAGCUCAAGCAACUGUAGCAAAACAAAAAUUAAGAAAAGAAUUCGAAGAAGUGCUACAAGCUCAGAAAAAUGAAAUACUCGAAAUGUUUGAAGCUUACAAACAGACUUACGAUCAUAAUUUAAAAAUAUGUGCAGUUCAAAUCAACAAGCUGAAAGAAAGAAAUUUAGCUAUGAGUGAACUUAUGCACGAUGCUCAAAAGCAGACGGAGGAGGAAACCAGUGAGCUUAAAACCAAGUUCAACGACCUCGAUGGCAAGGUAGAAGACUUCUUCCAAGAAUACUACUCAGAAGAUUCGCCAGUUGUGCACAAUAACCAAAGUGGCAACACUGGAAAUCAAGGUAGACGUUCACGAAGUCGUUCUAGAAGCAGAAGGAGGUCACCUCCGCACCAAAAUAGACCUAAUUCCCAGUCGUCAAGUGACAGGGGCAAUUACAAUAAUAACAACAACAAUUAUUGUAAUAAUUAUAAUCGUAAUAAUGACCAAAGGCGUGGCUCACCUCAAAGAAGAGACUCACCGCGAAAUGAUCACAGGCGUGAUAGUCAAGGUGGCAACAGCAACAGUCGCAACAACAACAACGACUGGCGCAACAACCAAGGUAGCAACGACCGUUUUAAUGAUCAAGGUAGACGCAACAGCUGCGGUGGCGGCGAUUACAACAAUCAAGGUAGACGCAACAGCUACAGCGGCGGUGGACGCAACGAUGAUCAACAAGGUAGUAGCUACAAUAAUCAGAAUAACCGUGAUCGACGCGAUGACAGCCGAGAAUAUCGAUCUGAUAACGAUAAUAAUCGCGAUAGACGUGAUAGCCAUGACCGAAGAAAUGAUCAAUAUAAUGAUCAACGCGAUGACCGACGCAACGAUCAACGUAACAACGAUCAACGUAACAAUGAUCAACGUAACAACGAUUGGCGCGACGAUCGAAGAGACAGCGGCGGCGGCGGCUGUAGCGGCGACGGUAGCGGUGGCGGCAUCGACCCAGAUGAAGGGGUACCGCCUGAGCGCAGAAUGAAGCGCAAUAUCAGAUUUGGCAACUCGCAGAUGGUGAUUCGUUUGGACAGAUUGCGCGAAUUUCGAGUUGAAUAUACUAGUCAUAAUAAAUAUCAACCUUAUCAGUAUAUUCAAAAGUUUGAACGUCGUAUGGAUCAAUAUGGAGUAUCUGAGAGUCAAUAUUGUGAUACUUUUACAGCACUUAUUGAUGAAACUAAACUGGUACACAUGGCAGCUUGGAAAGAAUUGCAAGAAAGUGCAACUGAUUAUUACAAACUCAGACAAGAUUUCCUAAACUGUGCAUGGAGUCGGCAGAAGCAGACAGAAGCAAGGAAUUGCUUCCAAGCAUUGGCUGUUGACAGGAAGAGUUCAACGACCCAGGCAGCGGAACUUCUCAUGUGGUUAAAAAUAUUCAAAACAACCAGUACUCCGGAAGAUGAAAUCAUUAUGAGAAUCUAUGGUAAAUUAUCAACAAGUUUGAGACCUAGAUUCACGGAGGUAGAGCUUCAAAACAUUGAUGUAUUCGAGAGGAGACUCAACAAUAUGACAAAAAUUGAAGAAUUUCCACAAACUCCGACACCUACUCAGCAAGUUCAACAGCAACAAUCUCGAAAGUUGCAACAAAAUGAGUAUUGUGAUAAAUAUAAUGAUAAACGUUCAAACUAUCAGAGAGAUAGACAGCCUGGGGCAUCCGAAUCACGAAACAGUGCUGCCAACAACGAAGGUAGGCGCACAACUGGCGAGUAUAAGAAACCGAACUAUGAGAAAUCGAAGCAGUAUACCAAGGUAGAUGACUCCAAAAAUUCCCAGAAAGACAACAAAGGUGAAAAGAAGUUCAAAAAGCCUGAAAAGACUUACAAAGUCAAUAUUGCAACAGGGGAGGAAGAGUCAGCUUCUGAUAUUGAAACUGAGGAAGUGCAAUCUCCAGCACGCUCAGAAGCUUCGGAUGAUUCAAUCAAUCAGCCGUCAGGAAACGAGUAG